CUUCAUUUUCUACACUAUCAUUUGUUGCAUUCCAUCGGGUAGGCGCAUUUCCGUCGAAACGUUGCCACGGAAAGCAGGUACCGAGGGUUGCACAAAUCCAGGUGGCAGCCGCCGGAAUUAAAGCGAUCAAGUUACGGGAAACGGUUUUCUGCUCGUUUACACGCUCACUCUCCUGCCAUCCAAUCAAGCGAAGGAAAACGGCCGAGAGGAAGAGGAACGAAAACGAUCGCCUUCCGCAGCAGACGGCUCCGUGGAAAAUGUAUCGUCAGUGAGGAAACUGCGCAACAACAUCUCACCCCUUUGGUUUGAAGUUUUCGCCGUACCGCCCACCCGACGGAUCGCCCGCGGUUGGCCGUUUGUAGAAUCACGUUGCAUAGUAGGCCACGACGCACGGUGUCGGGUAGAGAGAGAUGAAUAUUAAUCGUUACCAGGCGGCAAAAAAUCUGCAACCGGCACGUUCGUUACGCACCGUGCCAAACCCCGGUCGGAACGCGCUCGGCGAUUUUGGCUAUCCGCCCCAUCUGGUGGACGUGUCGUCCACGCAUCAGCCGCGUGCCGCUGCCGGUCCUUUACCGAACGGGACUCAUCAGCACAGGAAUCAGCUGCCGGUACAGUCGCACCAACGUUCUAGCAGCCAGUCGCGCAAACACGAUGUGCUACGCACACCGACCGCUGGAGGAUCGCACGCCGGUCCCGGUGUGGGCCGAUCGAAUGGUACCUUUUCCCCCGGGAGCUUAACGUUUAAUGCCAGCACGCUUACGGUCGGCUCGAUGUACGACGUGACCGUAUCGUACGUGCAGAAUGGGCCGAAACAGUUUAUGGUGCAGAUGCGCUCGAUGGAACCGACGCUGAAGCAAAUGAUGGGUGCGUUAGCGCGGGUGCCCUUACGAUCGAUCAAUCGGAAGCUGCAGUUGGGCAUGGCUUGCCUAGCACGCUACUCGCACAACCACACCGUGUACCGUGCGCUGAUAACGGCUCUAGGGCAGGAUGGUGCCUGUACGGUUUCGUACGUCGAUUACGGCCAUUCGGAGACGGUACACCCGAGCAGCUUGUACGAAAUUCCGGCCGAGUUUCUGCGGUAUGAAAUAUUUUCCACCCGGUUCGCGCUGUCGAACGUGCGCCAGCUCGAGGACGUGAAUGCAGAUGUGGCCGGAAUCUUCACCAAGAUGGUGGCGGGUAAGGCGCUGGUGCUGCACGUGACGCCCCCGGAGGGUGCUGCGUUCGUGUCGUACUGUGAGCUGUAUGAAAACGGGGACAACCUAUUCCGACGCCUGCAGAAGCUGUGCCGCGAACAAAUUUACCGAUACCCGCCACCGGGUAGCCUUCAGCGUGGGGCCAGCUAUCGGGUGGUGAUACGCUACAUCGAAUCGUGUGCAAAAUUUUUCGUCAGCCGGCUGGACAAUGUGGCUGUGUUUGAUGAAAUGAUGGACGAGCUGAUUGUGCACUGUCAGGGUAGCGCGAGUGUGGUGCCGGGCGUGGUGAACGUUGGCGACGUGUACGCGGUCUCGCUCGACCCGAACGAUUUCUACCGUGCCGAGGUGGUCGAGACGGAACCUAAGCUGAAGGUGCGCUUAAUCGAUUACGGUAACGUGAUUACGACGCAACGGUCCCAGCUGAAGCGUCUAUCGCCGGCCUUUGUCGUGCAGCGACCGGAAGCGUUCGAAUGUUGCCUGGAAGGGUUCGAAGGAUCGAGCAGCGGGGAACUGUCCACGUCCCAGCUUGAAAUGCUUGCCGAAGGUGCGGACGGGGAUCGCAACCCGUUCAAGCUGAUCGUGUGCGAUGUUCGGGAUGGAAAAACGAUCGUAAACUUGCUAGAUGAAUCGCAAACGCCCGUGCUGAACGUCGCGAAGAAGCUGCUGAAGCUGAAUACACCCAUAAAGCUGCAGCAGAACAACAGUCAGCAAAAGCAGACCAACAAACGGCAUUCUGGUGGAAAUCUGCCCGCAAAUGGUGGUGGUGACCAGCUGGGAACUUCCGUUGAUUCCGUGAAGGCGCCACUUUCGUCGAGCGGUAUCUCAUCUGGCCAUGGAGACUGUAUCGAUCUGACGAACGACGAAUGGAGCGGUGGUCCACCGCUGCCAGGCAACCAAAGUUCUGGAUACGAACUGCAAACGGGCGGCAGUGGGGUCCAGACACCGCCCGCGCGGAACAAUCGUGCCGGUGGGGCGUCUGGGUAUGGGCGUGAUAGCAACAACAGUAGCCGAGACUCGUCGACCAGCAACAAUAAGCAGGACGCUAAGCGAAGUGCGGCCAGUGUCGGGAACAAUGCUGCCGCAACGGCAGGGGGCCGUAAUGACAUUCCAAGGUUCAACAAGGACCGAGCCCAAGUGCCGUACUACUACGAACAUGAUGAUCGUUGUACAGAACCGUACAGUGCUCCGGGAAGUACAGGGCUGGAUGGUAACGAAGCAAAACGAAACGAACGAAACAAGAGCGAGGUUGGGCGGGAUCCUGCAAGCAAUGCUCCAAUGGCCGGUUCUAUGGAAAGCGCCGUACAGCAAACUUCGGAUGAAUUUGUGCCGUAUCGCAGCACCUUCCCGGAGCAGACAGUGAAGCUGAACACCAAGCAGGAGGUCGUGCUCUCCUGGUGGUACUCACCGGAACAGUUCUACGUUCGCGUGCGCGCGGAAGAGGACAAAUACCACGAUAUGAUGAAGCAGCUGCAGAAGUACUACCGUAACAAGAGCAACCAGCAGCUGCACCAGCACCAGCUCCAACAGCAACAGUCCGACGGCAAGACGGCAAAGCCACCAUCCACCGGGUCGAUCGUUGUGGUGCGCCAUCCCAAGCACAACACGUUCUACCGCGGUCGGGUGCUAAAGUAUAACGAAUCCGUGCAGAAGUACAAGGUGGAGCUGGUGGACAGCGGUAACAAGCUGGCGCUCGCGGCCAACGAUCUGUGGCUGGUGGAGCGUCGCUUUACCCGGCUCGCCCCGCUGGCCAUUGCCUGCGCCCUGCCGGACGUCCGGUUGCGGUGCGAGGUGAAGGAGCUGCAGGGCCGCAUCGAUUCGUACCUUAGCAGCGAGCGACAGUUUGAGGCCGUGUUUCUCGAGCGUGCCGAGGGCAAAUACCAUUGCAAGGUGCAUUCGCUCGGACGUGAUCUCAGGGAGCAGCUGCUAGCAGAUGCGCUCAUUGCACAGGUUUACGUUGACAUAGAUCUCACCCGCCUCAAGGGACAGACGGUAAAGGUGCAGCUGGUUGAGCUGAAGAGUUUGAACGAUUUCCGUGUGAAAUUGCUCGGACAUCAGGCGUGCUUCAGCUGCCGGCAGGAUAGCUGUGAUGCGACCGUUGCUACGGCGGACGCGGUGACGAAAAUUCGGGACCAGUGGCUCCAUCGGCACUGCUUGGCACAGGUGGUCGAUGUAUCGAAUGAUGAUAAGUUGAUACUCUCGCUGCUGAUACCGUCGCUCACGGGUCAACCGGAGCCAACGAUAGCCGAAAUGCCGGUGCUGAUGAGUACCUUCAACGUGUACGUUACCCACGUGGAAAGCGCGAACUGUGUGUACGUGCAGAAUGCACGCUGGAGCGCGGAAAUCACCAAGCUGGCGGACGAUCUGUUCGAGUUCUACGACAAGCAGCAGGCGCUAGUGCCGGUGGCAAACCUGGCGAUGAACGAAAUGUGUGCCGCCCGAUCGCAGGACGAUGGUAACUGGUAUCGGGCAAAGAUCGUUUCGCUGCAGGACAUUGAACGGAUCGAGGUGCUGCUGGUGGAUUAUGGGUAUCGCGAGCAGGUGAAGCACAGCGAGCUGAAGGUGCUCGAGCCACAGUUUCUCGCGUACAGUGCGUUCGCGCAUCGCGUUUACCUCCCGAUGACGGCCAUUGCGGAUGUGGACGAGCAGCGCGUAAAGACGGAAAUCAGUGAGCUGACCGGUUCGUACGAGCUGUCGCUGAAGGUGGUCGAAUUUCGGAACGGCAUCUGGAUCGUGGACAUUACCUCGAACGAUUACAGUAUCGUGAGUGUGCUGAAGGAUCGUCAGCUGGUGGCGGAUUUGGAUUACGAGACCAUACUCAACCAGCGGCAGGCGUCGACGCCCACCCCGGCCGGUCCCGUCCGUCCGUCGAUCGAGGAUCACGAGGCGAAGCAUCAGAAGAUAAGGGCGAGGAUCUGUCACGUGGACAAUCCCAGCCAGCUGUUUAUUCAGCUCGAGAGUGAUCAGAAGGAUCUGAACCAGCUGCAGGAAACGCUGCAAAUCAUUGCCUCGUCCCUACCGCCGUUGCGCGACUUUUCCGCCGACCGGUACUGCAUCGCCCAAUAUUCCGCCGACGAUCUCUGGUACCGGGCGCUCAUCAUCGACAGCCACGACGAUCUGAUCAUACAGUUCGUGGACUUUGGCCACACGGACAUUGUGACCAGCAACAAGAAGAGCACGCUGCGCGACAUUAACGACGAUCUGAUGCGGUGGAAGAUUUACGCCAAACAGUGCGCCAUGUUGAUACAGCCGAUGGCACCGGAGCCGGUUGAUGCGGACGGUGGUGGUGCCAGGCAGCAGGGACGGAAGAAGAAGACGGCUGCGUGGAAGGAGGUAGCUACCACGAUACUGCGCGCCCUGGAUGAGGUCGAGGUACAGUUUCUGGCCGAAGCGCAAGGUGUGCAUUACAUCAGUGUGCGCAGCAGCGAGAAGGACAUUGCGGAGAUGUUGGUGGAGAAGCGGUUGGCCACCCGGCUGCUGUACGUACCGUCCGGUCAGCGCUGCUUUACGAGCCACACGGAAUCGAUCGACGAGUUCUAUCUGCAGCUGGAGCGCGACGUUAAUCCGCUCGAUAUGAUGGCGAACUAUCUGGCGGACGUGAGCAAGUUCCCGGACGUGACGGACCCAACGGUUGGGCUGAUCUGUUUGGCGGAGUUUGCGGAUGAUGGGUUGUGGUAUCGGGUGCAGGUGGUCGGUAUACCGUGCGCGGGCAGCUAUGAGGUGCUGUUUCUGGACUACGGCAACGGUGCCACGGUGCAGAAGCUGAAGCAGCUCGAGCCGAGCAUUGCCGAGCUGACGCGCCUCUGCACGAAGUGUGCCCUGCGGUUGCCGGAGAAUGUGAAGCGUUGGUCGGCGGAGGCGCAGGCCAAGUUUGGCGAGCUGACGGCGAUGGGCGAGACGGUGUUUACGGUGCAGCUGCACAGCCCCGGCCCAUCGUUCGCCACCGUCGAGCUGUUCCUGGACGGGCGCAACAUUGUGGAGCAGUUGGUGGCGCUGUGCGAGAAGGGUGCCGCCGGUUGUUCGGCGACGGAUGCGAUGAGCGCGAGCUUUUUCCUCGGCGACGAUAACCGGCUCGACGAUAGCUACCAGCUGGAGGACGACAAGGUGCACAUUAGCCACGUUAACUCGCCGGCCGAAUUUUUCAUCCAGUUUAACAACAGCUUCGAUGCGCUGCGCAACAUGGAGGAGCUGCUGGCGGCCAAGGCGAAGCACUGCGAACCGAUCGCGGAAGGUGACAUCCGGAACGGGUUGUUCUGCCUGGCACAGCUCGUGCACAAUGGGAAGUUCUGCCGGGCGCUCGUGCUGUCGGAGGUGCACGGCGGUCAGGCGACGUACCAUCUGGUGCUGCUGGUCGACUACGGUUACCGGGCGGCUGCCACCGACCUGCGGAAAAUGCCACCCAGCAUCGAGGAAAUGUCCCGGCUGGCAAAGAAGUGCUGCCUCGAGCACUACCUGCCGACGGACGAGGUGGCGCUGGGCGCGGUACGCUGGAGCCUGCUGCGCAGCCGCCUAACCGAGCUGGCCGACUCCGGGAAGGCGGUGUUUACGUUCGAGAUAGUGCGCAACGAUUGCGAUCCACUCAUUAUACGGCUCUUCACGCCGGCCGGUGUUAACGUGGAAGAUCUGCUGCGGGAUGAUGCGGCGGUGGUGGCGGUGGACGAUCCGAUCAACGGUCUCGUUGCGUCGGCCGGCAAUGCGAGUGGGGCGGGUGGCGAAGCGCAGCGGCGAGCCAAGCCGAAACAGGCGUUCUUCCGAGCGCACAGCGAUCUGGAGUGUGUGGAGAACGACGAAUCAUCGCCCGCACCGAAUGUGGAUGACUGAUGUUGCUGAUGGACGGCAAUAAACGACCGUUACUACCGGUGUUCCUGCUCGUGACGCUUCCUGCUUGAAGUGCGUAAUGCUUCAACCACUACGAGGACAGCGGACCUGAGAUGCAUUCAGAAGGACCGGGUAACGAGGUAUCGAACCAUAUAAUUCUACUCGUUAACAUAUUAUUAAGCAGCAUCGAAACCAGCGUGUGUGUGUAAUAGAGAGAGAGAGAGAGAGAAGGAGAGAGAAGGAGAGAGAGAGAGAGAGAGAGAAGGAGAGAAUCACACCAUAGACCUUAUUUUGUUGAUUUUGUUUUGUUCAUUAGUUUUCUUCUUUCCGUUUGAAACGAAUUUGAACAGUGAACGCGCACUCAUCCCGAUUUCAUUUCACACUUAUUUAUGCUUGUUGCUUAUCAUAUUACUUCAUCCAUACACACACACACACACACAGAACCCCUCCUCAACCCCAUACACACUUAUGUACUGUGCUAGUCGAACUUAUCCGUGCAAAUGUCACCAUUAUGCAUGCGCAUUGUUGUGCUCCCCAAUAAGAGAUUGAAUUUAACACAAAAUAUAUUAAUUGCAUGUGAAACGGGCCGCGCAAGAGUCUGCCGUGAACUGAGAGAAUGAUAUGAAAAACAAAAAACAGUGCCUUCCAAGAAUCUUCCAUCCAGCUGUCCGGCUGUCUCUUCAGGGCAGCACCAAGAGCAGCGGCGCAGAUCUAUCCUCAAGAAUCUGCAUCACCAUUAGUCGAAAUGCUCAAAAAGUGCCUUACAAAGAUUUUCCUUACCCCGGGGAACGCAAAACAACAGCGACAACAGAGUGUAAUGACUGUUCAGGAGUUUUUUUCCCGGUUCAAGGUGGGCUAAGGAGGCUUAAUGCCUGUCCAGGACUCAUAUAAAAAAAAAGUUGGAAAACGAAAUGAUGCGUAACACCGCGCCAAGCGCGAAAGAAAAUUGUUAAUCAAUCUAUAGGUCGUUAAUAAUUAUUAUACUCAUCAAGCACAACUGUUGUACUAAAACAUGUCAGAAAAAAGAACAAAAAAAAAACGAAAAUAAAGUUAUGUUAUGAAAAUGUA